CCACAGUGAGCUGGCUCCGCUUUACUUUUGGAAACUGCGCGCAUUCGCGAACUUCCUAAUUAGGAUGCAGUCCAUGUGAAAUGGGACUGGCAUGCGUGGGCUGCGCCGGCGCGCUCUGCUGCGUGGCGAAUUGAUCGAUGGUUGCGUGCGCGUGCGGCGCUCUUAUCUGUCAGCCCUCGUCACAUCGACAUUACAUGCAAGUAUCCCACUGCCUUAUUGUGCUUUCAAGUACUUAGAUGGAUUUCCAAACACAUGGGAGCUCCUCUGAUUUUUCAUCUAUCGCCCGGCGCCUUCUACUUCAUCCGGAGGAGUCCGAGAAUGCAUCAUUGAUUAAUGCCACUGAUUUGAUUACCGGCAAAAAUAGCUGUUCCUCUACUCCGACCCUUGUCCAGCUUCUCUCACAGCCUUCUACCUCUACUGCAAACGGGCCCAAUAACAUUGCUGUGGUGCAGUUCAACGCCAACGAUCUGAUGCCAUGUCCAGCUGUAUUCAACGCCAACGAUCUGAUGCCAUGCCCAGCUGUAAACACUGUUGAAAUAGAGAGGCACACUUGUCCGCUUUGCGACGGCAUCAGAAGUCUUACUCCGGAGAGACUCAGAGCUCCCUUAGAGAAACCUCCGACAGCUUCCUCGUAUUCUCGCUCGAAAAGAUAUGAUGGAAAAGGAUAUUCGCAUCUUGGGAUAGAGACGGAAAUGGUUAUCAGAAAUGUGAGACGGUUCUUUGAUACAUUCAAAGAAGAGCUUAGAGGAGGAAACAAAGGAACUUUGUUCUGUAAAUCAAGUGUAUUGACAAUGCUAGCAACUGGUGUGUCAGAACGAACAAUCCUCCGGAUAGCCCGACACCACACGUCCAACUAUGUACCGAGGAGAAUAUGUAAGCCGAGAUCAGGAACUAUGUCGCAAGAAGAAGUUUUCCUAAAAUAUGGUGAAGAAUGGGGUACAGUGGUUUUUUAUUUCUACGUUGGUGUUUUUCUAAACAGUGUAAAUAUGGACCAUCAAAUGCAUGCAAGACCUGUCAAUAACUUUUCGCUCAUCGCCCGGCGCCUUCUACUCCAUCAAGAUGUUUCCGAUAAAGCUUCUUCGGUCAGCGCUAUUGAACUGAUCAACGAGCAGCAACCUUCUACCUCUUCAACAGACGUUGAUGUACAUAUACAACAGGUUAAUGCCAACAAUUUGGUACCAAUUGCGGAAGCCGUUAAAGUGGAGGUGCAUUCCUGCCCACUUUGCGACGCCCUCAAAGGACUGACUUCUGAAAGACUCAAGGCGCCCAUUGAGAAACCCUCUGAAUCCCCAUCUCCAGCAUCCUCUCUAUACGACAAAUAUAGUGCACAAGGACGCUCCAUACAUCAAGGAACAGACACAGAAAUUAUCAUUAGGAAUGUGAGACGAUUCUUCGAGACGUUCAAAAAAGAACUGAAAAGCGCCAGCAAAGGAACCCUGCUGAAUCAGCCGAAUGUGAUGACGACGUUAGCAUGCGGUUUGUCUUCAAAAACGGUGAUGAGGAUGACAAGGCGCCAUAAUGAACCGUAUGUUCCGAAAAAGGAUAAAUUGAAUAAGGAUGCGAAACGCAAACCCCGCAAAGUCGGUGACUAG